CAGGAUGUGUUUAACGCUGUCCUGUUGUUUCCGUUAUCUUGCCGGAUCGUCGUUGAACGCUUGCCCAGGUGGGUGAGUUAGUCUUCACGUGACCUCGGGCUUGGCGACUAGGGCUUCCGCCGACGACAACUUGAGCUCCAGCAACCGCGCAGGCGAACAACACACGCGCUUCCCACCCUCACCAAUCUCUAUCUGCAGACGACCGUCGUUGCACCACCCAUACCACCGGAAGCUCUAUCGCAUACCUAAUUCCCCUCGAACAAGGUCUAUCAUCAUGGCUGACGCCGCCGUCGAGAACCCAGCCAACACAGUUCCGCCUCACAAGAAGCAGCUCCCUUCGUCAAUACCCAACUUCGACUCGCUGGAGGGCUUCUCAACCGAUGGCAAUGAUGACUACUCUACAUUCAAGAAGCUUCAGCGGCAACUGGAGUAUAUCCACCUCCAAGAAGAGUACAUUAAAGACGAGCAGCGGAGUUUGAAGAGGGAACUAGUGCGCGCGCAGGAAGAGAUUAAGCGCAUUCAGAGCGUGCCCCUGGUGAUAGGGCAAUUCAUGGAGGCGAUCGACCAAAACACCGGCAUCGUCCAGUCAUCAACAGGGUCAAACUACGUCGUCCGCAUCCUCUCCACCCUGGACCGCGAGCUGCUCAAGCCCUCGUCCUCCGUCGCCCUCCACCGGCACUCAAAUGCGCUCGUCGACAUCCUCCCCCCGGAGGCCGACUCCUCCAUCGCCAUGCUCGGCGCAGACGAGAAGCCGGACGUGACAUACGCCGAUGUCGGAGGCUUGGACAUGCAGAAGCAGGAAAUCCGGGAGGCCGUUGAGCUGCCUCUAACGCACUUUGACCUCUACAAGCAGAUCGGCAUCGACCCGCCGCGCGGCGUGUUACUGUACGGGCCACCGGGGACAGGAAAGACCAUGCUGGUGAAGGCGGUGGCAAAUAGUACAACAGCGUCCUUCAUCCGAGUAGUGGGCUCAGAAUUCGUGCAAAAGUACCUCGGCGAGGGACCGCGUAUGGUGCGUGACGUGUUUAGGAUGGCCCGCGAAAACUCACCCUCCAUCAUCUUCAUCGACGAGAUCGACGCGAUUGCCACGAAGCGAUUCGACGCGCAGACGGGCGCCGACCGAGAAGUCCAGCGUAUCCUGCUUGAGCUGCUCAACCAGAUGGACGGCUUCGAUCAGACAUCCAACGUCAAGGUCAUCAUGGCGACCAACCGUGCAGAUACUCUCGAUCCCGCGCUUCUCCGACCAGGUCGUCUGGACCGAAAAAUCGAGUUCCCUUCGCUCCGGGAUCGCCGUGAGCGCCGUCUCAUCUUUAGCACAAUCGCCUCAAAGAUGAGCUUGUCACCGGAGGUCGACCUAGACAGCUUGAUUGUGCGGAACGAUCCCUUAUCAGGUGCUGUUAUCGCAGCUAUCAUGCAAGAGGCGGGUUUGAGAGCUGUGCGGAAGAACAGGUACAACAUCAUCCAGAGUGAUCUGGAGGACGCAUAUGCAAGCCAGGUCAAGGGUGCCACCGAGGCAGACAAGUUCGACUUCUACAGAUAG